AUGUUCCGACCCGACCCCGUCCAUCUCAGCCUCACGUGGGCGGCCUCCAGGCUGUGGAGGCCCGCCCGCCUGCCUGCCCUGCCCGCGCUGGCUUCUGCCAGCAGCGCGCGCUGCCUGCCCGUCGGCCUGGUCAUCGGCGUGGACGUGAGCCUGCCGGCCCUGCGCGGCCGGCCCGCGGGCCCCACGGCGCUGGUCGCGGCCGACGCGGCGGCGCUGCCUUUCCGGAGCGGCACGUUCGACGCCGUGGUCGACAAGGGCACCUUGGACUGGCUGGCCCUGUCCCUCCUCGUCAGCGACGAUCGCGAUGACCGCCUCGGGGGCCUGCGGAAGGAGCUCUGGCGCGUCCUGCGGCCCGGCGGCCGGCUCGUGGUCCUCACCGGGCUGGGCGGCACCAGCGAGGACCCGCUGCGCUUCCUCCGCGCGCCGCCCGCGGAAGGUGCCGGCGGGUGGUCGGCCAUCAAGAGCCGGAAGUUCGGGGGCGGCAUGGGCGGGAACUACCGCUGCCAUCGGCUGGUCCGCGCCUGA